AUGCCCAACGUCGCUCUCGACGUGAUUCUCGAGAUACUCGGCCACCUGCAUCCGCGGGACAUCCUCAGCCUCGCGCGGACAUCCAAAGCUUUCCGUGCACUACUUUUGGAUCGCAAGAAUGCGUUUAUAUGGAAGGUCGCGCGGAAGGCGCUCCCGGGCGAGCUGGCCGAUCCACACCCCGUCCUCAGCGAGCCCGCGCUCGCGCGCCUCAUGUUCGACCCGCAGUGCCAUGAAUGUGGCGGGGGUCCCGUGCACAAGGUCGUCUGGCUCUGGUUUGCGAGAUACUGCGCAAAGUGUUUGCGCAAGAUGAGGUGGGCUACACGCGACGUGAAAGCGCGGAUGGAUGCGAUAGGGCUCGGCCGCGUCGAAAGCAGCGACUUCCGGGCGAUCUUCCACUCUGUGCGGGCUGACCAGGGCAACUACUUCCACGCACCUCAAGUGAGGACUUUCGAAAUACGGUGGCACGAUGCUCACGAUGCACUCGAUACGCUCACCGCGUUAUACGAGGACAGAAAAGUGCGAUUUCCCGCAGAGGCCAAGCUCGCAGAUCAAUUGGACAGAUGGUCAAGGGAAGACCGGGUACGCCGAGAAGCACAGAAUCAAGAGGCUCGAGAAGAACGGUUCGAAGAGGUGCUCCGUCGACUGAAGGAGGCUGGCUGGGGCCCCGAACUCGAAUUUUACGCCUCCGAUAUUCGUGAUGACGAAGAGGGCCCCGCGCGGGAUCUGCAUACGCGGCGGAUUGCUACGAGGCUUACGGACAAGGCAUGGCCAAAGGUUCACGACUCCUUGAAAGACUUCAUGGACCAUAUACGACGCCGGCGCCUCAGCAAACAAAAGGAUAUGAUUGCAAUGAUAGAUGGCGCCAUCACAGAACACUACGGCUUUCCGGAGGCUCACGCCAGCGGUUCAUGCUCUCCUGCCAAGCGGGGGCCAACGACGUUGGACAUUGCCUGGAUGCCGGAAAGCAAGGACCUCUUCAUCGAUGAGUACUUCGGCGCUCAGACGGUCAAUUUCCUUAUAUCGCAACGGGUCGUCAUCUGGGAGGAGCGCUUCAAAGACAUGCUUCGAAAGAUGGUGACCGUCCUGUGCCCGGAUAUUCCCAAAGACAUCGAGCCACUCGAACUCGCCGUCGCCGUCUUCGGCUGCGCAAGGUGCGAGUUGCCCGAAGAGGAGAACACACCGCUCGCUCUACGGUACCCGGAAAUCCUCGCCCACGAGUGUUUCCGGAAAGACGGCAGAUGGCGCACAUCCGACGAGUGGCCGCUGCCCAUUGACACGGAGUACCAGCGCUUCAUCCUCGACCUCGAGCGCAGCACGCCGUGCCCGCGCUGCCCGCUGAUUGCGGAGAGGAUAUCCAUGGCCGGUGCCCAGCGGGCGUGUGCUGCGCUGAUUCGCUUCAACUGCAACCCAAGCGUCAUCACGUUCGCGGAGAUGCAGGCAUGGGACCGGAGGGAUGGGCUGUUGAUACCCCCUACCUCGGUGACCGAUGCAUCCCUCCCAGGAAACAGCUGUACGUUUUCGUGA